AGAGGUGCUGAUACUGGAACAUGUACCGUUACUGACCCAUCGCCACCUGCGCACCUGUGCUUUCUUCACCGGAUAGCCUUAUGCCAAGGACGAUGCCAAACAGGCUGAGGAAGACUGUUGAUGGAGGGUGAUGCUUUUUUUACAGCAGCAGUGGCUGAGGCAGAGGCUCUUUGUACUGGGUAGCUUGGUGCUUGGGAGCCUUUUCUUUCUGGUGGCCAGAGAAGGCACUUUAGACAGACUGCAGCUCAUCUGUCCCAUUAAGGACAAACUGUCCCCUGCUGGUUUAGGGCAGAUUCCUUUACAUACAUUGCAGCGCAAACAAGCUCUACAUCUCAAGCUGCACAGGAGAAACAGCACAAGGGAGCAACUGCGAAUGCACCACCUCUUUAAGCAGCUUCCCAGGGCCAUCAUCAUUGGGGUGAGGAAAGGUGGAACACGCGCUCUGCUGGAGAUGCUCAGUCUUCACCCUGCUGUUGUCAAGGCCUCCCAGGAGGUCCACUUUUUCGACAAUGAUGAAAACUAUGAUCGUGGAGUUGACUGGUACCUCAAAAAGAUGCCCUUCUCUUUUCCUCACCAAAUAACUAUUGAGAAGAGUCCUGCAUAUUUCAUCACUGAGGAGGUGCCUGAGAGGAUCUUUAAAAUGAAUUCCUCCAUUAAACUUUUGUUGAUUGUGCGUGAGCCCACCAUCCGUGCUGUGUCUGACUAUACACAGGUCCUAGAGGGCAAAGAGCGCAAGAACAAAACAUACAACAAGUUUGAGGAACUUGUGAUUGAUACCAAGACUUGUGAGGUGAACACAAAGUACAAGGCUGUACGGACAAGCAUCUACACCAAGUACUUAGAACACUGGUUAAAGUUCUUUCCCAUUGAGCAAUUUCACAUAGUUGAUGGAGACCACCUCAUCACAGACCCACUUCCAGAGCUUAAGCUGGUUGAACAAUUCUUAAACCUUCCAUCACGAAUCAGCCAGUACAAUCUGUACUUCAAUGCCACACGUGGGUUCUUCUGUCUGCGCUUCAACUUCAUGUUCAGUAAGUGCCUGGCGGGCAGUAAGGGCCGGAUCCAUCCAGAUGUAAAUCUCUCCAUCAAGGAAAAACUGCAACGCUUCUUCCACCCAUUUAACCAGAAGUUCUAUCAGAUCACAGGCAGGACAUUCAACUGGCCCUGAAGAUUCCAAUAACAUCUG